AUGAAAGAGACCGACGAGCUAAAAUUGAUUAUACCUAAGGUAAUGGACUCUGUCCGAUACUCAAUAGCAGCGUCUUCUCAAGACAUCGGCUUCUUCAAAACCAUGGACUCCCACAUUGAUGUUGUAACAUCAAAAUCAGCCGAGAUGCUCCUAGACUUGAUAGAGCGUUUAACUCACAGGGAGUUCGACAAAAAGAACGGCACAGGAACCUAUCAUACAUCCUUUCUGUGGGAGAAAAUUGAGAACUUCUUGGACUCCAUUCUUGAAAACAUCGAUAUUGCUGCAGAAAGACAUGUUCUGAAGGUAGCGACCUGCUCGUCGGCACCUCGUAACCAUUUGGAGUUCAAAAAACCACAAGAGAGUUUUACUGAUAAAAUUGACAAUUCGGAUGACCAUCCAUUCGUUCCAAAGCUAACGAGAAAACCCCACUUUCUCCAGCCGUUCGCCUCCCUGGUGACCCCCGAUCACUUGGGACUGUACUCUCAACCCUACGAAUACGAAAUAAUGAAGCAGCCAUACCCGGAAAGUAUUUUUAUUAGUCGCACUCCAAUUCAACCCGUUGACUGGGACUCGCGUCCAGCUAUCAGUGUAAACACGACGACCGGGUUGAGAAAAAUGGUGGACGCUCUUAGGUCUUCACAAGAGAUAGCGGUCGACUUGGAGCAUCAUGAUUUGAGAUCCUAUUAUGGUAUUACAUGCCUCAUGCAAAUAUCUAGUAGAUCACAAGAUUGGUUGUUAGAUGUUUUAGCUUUGAGGGCUGAUUUAGAGAUAUUGAAUGAAAUAUUCACGAAUCCAAAAAUCGUGAAAGUAUUCCAUGGUGCAUUCAUGGACAUAAUUUGGCUUCAGAGAGAUUUUGGUCUUUACAUUGUAUCUUUAUUUGACACGUACCACGCGUCUACAGCUUUAGGCUUUCCCAAGCGUUCUCUCGCAUACUUAUUGGAUAGGUUUGUCGGAUUCAAGGCAUCUAAGAAGUUUCAAUUAGCGGAUUGGAGAGUGAGACCAUUACCGAAAGCGAUGGAGCACUAUGCCCGAGCUGAUACACAUUACUUGCUUUACAUCUUUGACCAUUUAAGAAAUUCAUUGCUAGAGGAAGGAAAUCAGAAACUACAAGAGGUUCUCUUCUUAUCAAGGAAGGUUGCGCUGCGAAAGUUUGAGUACGCAAAAUUUCGUAGGGAAAGUGGUGAAUUCUCUGACGAGGCUACAGCAAUUAUGAGGAACUACAAUGUACCAGAAAAAUUCAAAAACCGCUUAAAGUCGGUUAUUGAUUGGAGAGAUCAAAAAGCAAGAGAAUUGGAUGAAUCCACAAGAUACAUCAUGAAUAACAGUAUUUUAUUGAAAAUUGCUGUCGGAGGUGUGGACCCGAAGUUAUUGCAGCAGGAGAUCCACCUUGAUGGAAAUGAUUUAAACUCAUUAUCUGCCCUACUCAAGGCCACAUCGGUUCUCAGUCAAGACUCACACAGUAUUGUCGAAGAUGAGGCAUCUCGCACUCAAAGCACGUCGAACUCUAUUACACAAAGAAUGUCCGCUCAAUCAGUUUUAUUAACUCCAGGCCACGAUCUUCUUUUACAUGAAUCGUCCUUAUUAUCUAGGGAGGUGGCAAAAAAAGAGAAAGUCUUCGAUAGACAAAUCUAUCAUAGAGGUAGUGUAAGUUUCCAUUUACCCUUUAUGGAAAUUACCUUCCAAGAAAAACGCAGUGAAACACCAUCUGAACAUGGUGAGAAUGAUUCAAAAAUUGAACAAGAAACGAAAGAUGAUCGCAACCCGGCUGAAACAGACAUCCGAUAUACUAACUUGCGUGGUGAAGUGCUACAUGGGCUGCUGAAGGUAAUGAGAGAUCAUUCGAAGUCGGAGAAUGGCAAUGAAGCAUUAGACUAUGAGAAGGCAAUUAAGGAGAUGCAAACCACGCGAACCAAGAAAAGGGAAACGUCAAACUUACAAUCAAAGCGUGAAAACACCGACAAUCGACGUGAUUUUAAAAAAAGGCGAGUUUUCAAGGGUAGAUCGAGGGCAUUUCAUUAA